CUCUCAGGCAUCUCCGUGUGUUUUUUUUUUAUACCGUCAGUUCUACUAGAGCAGUGUCGGGGUACUACCGGAGUGCCCGGGGCCGUGGACUUAUUUUACCCCCGGGUUUCGGAAUUGGACACCAACUAUCCCAGAUGAUGUACUUCUUUCUGCUACCUGUCGUGGCUCUCUUGCUGAGCAGAGAAACAGUGGUCUCCGGUAACAGUAACGACAAAUGGCUGAGCACCGGGGCUCAAUACACUAAGGACAGAUCCUGGAACAGAUUCAGAGAUGAAGCAGAGGAUGACUACUUCAAAAGCUGGGCUCCUGCCAAGUCUCUAGACCAAGAGCAAGAACCGGAGCCUGGCAGAUAUGGAGACCCUGUAGCCAAAACCCACUCUGGCUCUGCCAAGAAAACAGUACAAGAUGAUCCAGAUGCAACCAAGGAUCCCUGUCUGAAGGUACGAUGCCCUCCCCAUAAGGUGUGUGUAAGCCAUGACUACCAGACAGCCAUCUGCACCAAUCACAAGCAGCCAAGCCACAGUGUGAAAGCCAGGAAAGGCAGCUUAGGCCACCAGCACAGGGUGGAGGCUGGUGCUCAUGGGAAAUGUCGACUGUGUUCAGCUCUGCAGUCAAAUCCUGUGUGCGGAUCUGAUGGACACACGUACUCAUCCAAGUGUAAGCUGGAGUUCCAGAGCUGUCUGUCAGGAAAGAUGAUCUCAGUAAAAUGUGAUGGACUGUGUCCUUGUUUGCCUGGUCAGGAGCUCACCAAACCACCACACAAGACUGAGAAGGCUGCUUGCACUGAUGCAGAUCUCCACAGUCUGGCUGCCAGACUGAAGGAUUGGUUUGGAGUUCUUCACCUCGAUGCCAACAGAGACCUCAAAUCCUCUGACAGCUUUGACUCCACUGCUGGACACUUCGACACAAGUAUCUUGCCAAUCUGUAAGGACUCACUAGGCUGGAUGUUCAACAAGCUAGACAUGAACUUCGACCUCCUGCUGGACCAAUCAGAGCUGAGUGCCAUUUAUCUGGACAAGUACGAGCUGUGCAUGAAGCCCCUCUUCAACUCCUGUGACUCUUUCAAGGAUGGCAAGCUGUCAAACAAUGAGUGGUGCUACUGUUUUCAGAAACCUGAGGGAUUGCCCUGUCAAACGGAGAAGAGCAAGAUCCAGAAUCAGAGCCGAAGGAAGAGCCUCAUAGGCGCUUAUAUUCCUCGUUGUACUGAGGAGGGGUACUUCAAGCCGACCCAGUGUCAUGGCAGCACUGGUCAGUGUUGGUGUGUGGACAAAUAUGGCAACGAGAUUGCAGGAUCUAGAAAACAAGGCAACCCUAACUGUGAUGAGGACCAGGAGACAUCAGGGGACUUUGGGAGCGGCGGUGCAGUCAUUCUACUCGAUGACCAGGAGGAGGAGCCAUCACAGAGCGGGCGGAGCCGGCAGAAGAAGAGACGGGGCAGAAUCCACCCCCGAGGAGCCAUCGAGGAGGACGACGACGAAGACGACAAGGAUGACGAGAUGGGCUAUGUUUGGUAGCUCCGCCCCCUUUUCCUUUGCCAUCAGCUGACCAGGAAUCUCCGUUAACUCAGCACAGAUCUGAAGCCAUUCCAGUCUCCUCCAGUUUCCUUGGCAGCGGUCCCUCUUUUGGCUCCUGAACUUGCUCUUGUAAUCUCCGUCCCUUAUCCAAAUCUCUCUUCAGUGAACCUCACCCAACCUCUUCCUUUUCAAGUGUUUCACUCUUUCCUCAGACAGAAAAAUGAGAACCUAUUAGAUUUCAACAACAACUCUUGAACUACCACUAGAAUACUGAUCAAUUUGUCACUUUUGGCUUCUACCCUCCCCAAAUCUGCAAACUUAAACCUCUUCUAACAUGGACUCACAUCUCUGUUUUCUCUAUUAUCCCCUCCUCCUCUCCCUUAUUGUGUCUUUCUCCUCUGUACGUCCAUGUCAAAUCCUCUGAUCGACCUGUGAGCCCACACACAUUAGCUGAUGUAUUGGAUGUAAAUAUGUUUCCUCCAGGAAGGCCAGAUUGUGGAUUAACCUCCCGUUCUUCCAUCAGCAGUUCAUUCUCAUAUUCCAUGUCCCACCAUCGGGCUCCUUCCAGUGUUCUACAAUAUCUUCACAAGUCCCAGGCUCCGAGAUGCUCCCCAUAUCUGUCAUUUCAUGGAGGAUUGUAAAUUAUUUAAUCGUUGAUCUUGAAUGUCCCAGAAAGUCCAGGAAGCAAUGAGAUUAAUGAUGUAUUGUCGUUGUUGUUGCAUGUUUCUCAUCGUGUUUCUGUAAAAGAGAGAUUUACCUGGCCAGGUCUAGCUCUAUGCAUCUCAAACAGAAAGUGAUGCCUAUUUGGCUGCUACAAUACUUUGUUGCUAUGUUGAUGCUGUCUAGUGUCUUUUUGGUUCUUCUCCCAAUCUCAGGAGGUAGGAAGUCGCAUUGCAGAGUGAUAGCGGUGUAGAAAAGCGAACUACAAGGCCUGCGUCCAAAUCGACGGCGUCUCAGCCAGCUUUUCUUUUACUAAUUGGUCAGUAGGGCUGCUGAGGCUGUUUGACUGUGCAUGGACACUAGAGGAAGAUGCUUCUCCUGAGCUGGGAGGACACAUGAGGUCGGGGAGCAGAGAAGAGGCUCUGCUCUGCCUCCCAACAUUGGAUAUGUUCAGUGAUUUAAAAUUGAAAUCUUCACCAUGUCGACAAGUGAACUUUUAUUUGUAAGUUUGAAAAUUUAAGUAAAGUGACACUUUGGGUGUCUUUUGAACCUUA